AUGGGACGCAAACCCAACCAACUGAUCCUCGAGUUCUUUAUUCGAGGUCCCAAGCUCGAGGAUUCUAGUAAUCGCUACCAACAUACCUGCAAGGCCUGUGGCGAGAAAUUUCCCAAAGGGCGCAUCGAUAGCUUGACCAACCACUUGGUCAAGAAAUGCCAGGCCAUUCCUCUCCGGGACCGCCAACGCGUUCUUCUUCGACUCCACGAACUUCCCGACCUCACCGAAGGCGACGCCAAUAAGGACCCGAGUACCCCAGGAGGUAAAGGGAAAUCCGCCGACGGUUCUUUCACUCGUCCCAACUUCGACGGCUUGAACGUGCUGGCGGAAGCUUCUCGUCAGGUGGGUGCGUCGGAACCGACAAAGCGUGGCCCUCAAUACACCCAGUCCGUCACCGUGGGGGGCAAGACAGUAGUAGUUGACCCAGCGCUGGAGGCCGACUUUCAGGCAUCUGCUUCUCAGCAAGGGGACGUUAAGCAAGAGGAUAGUACCAUGACUGGAACUUCUCAACCAUCUGGAACUCCCACCAUUCCUGCCCUGCCUAGUCAUACCUCGGACCAUCCAACUUCCAUGUCCCCACCGCUUGAUCAUUCACUCAGCCCAGAGUCCGCAUCCAAUGCGCGUCAAUCACAGCUGUCCAUGAUCGCGGCUUCAGCCAACGAGAUGGUGCCGCAAGGCUUGACAAUGGAUACGGAUGGUCUGGGCUCAGAUGGUCUGAAGCUAGGCCAGUGGAACCAGCAAUUAUCGACGCAGGAACAACUCUUGUUCGACAGUCUUCAGGAACACGAUCCCUCAUUGACCGCGGCUACUCAGCGUGCUGCCUCCUACCCGCGUCCGAUUGCGAUGAACCCCAACACUCAGGCAAAGGGAUUUGUUAACGAGUUUGGCAAUUCCACAAAACCAGCCAAACCCAAGGUGCGCGGCCGCUUCAGUACCGAACGACGGAAGGAAGUUCAAGAAGUGCGAAAGCGAGGCGCAUGCAUUCGUUGCCGUAUGCUGAAGAAACCUUGCUCCGGUGAUACUCCCUGCACAACUUGCGCUAGCGUGGAAAGCGCCCGUCUCUGGAAGCACCCUUGCAUUCGAACUCGUCUCUCCGAGGAGUUCGAACUUUAUAAUGCGAACUUGCAUGCCACUCUCGCAUAUCACGACACCAGUGCCAUCAGGAACCAGGUCAAGUUUGAGCACUACGCUGGCCGCCUUGAAGUGACUCACCUUGAGGAAAGCAUGGUCUAUGUGACCUUCAGCGGAGUUCAAGGCCACCGUGCAUCUGUUUCCGCACUUGACCCUCAGCUUCAGGGUCUGGGCGAAGAUCAAUUUUCCGGACCCCCACAAGAGAUCUAUCUUCUGGACAGUGAUUCUGAUGAUAUUCCGAGCAAACUCGAGAUGUACAUCAAGAAGACCGCUCCAUUCUUCAUCGAGCGCGAAGCUUCUGUCUUCAUGAAGUCCACUCUCCUGCUGGCUUCUGAGUUGAGCCAAUCCAAGAAGGAUACUCUACUGGAGCGCGCAGUGGAGUUGUGGGUCGCCACCCAUGUCUUGGUAGACACCGAACUCAGCUGGAAGACCUUCUGCAACCCUACCCUCCCUCCCACCUCUAUGCACUCCCUCUCCCAGCCUUCCGACGAGGGCCGUCUCCCUAUAGAAGAAGUCUCAGACCACGAGUCCUACGCCCUACUAUGCAGUCAGCUGCGAGCUGGCAUGGAGAAGCGUGCCAUGCAAUUGAGCAAAUCCGUCAUCACAGACCUCGAGCGUCGACUGCUCCAGCGCCAAAAGACCGGCUGGUUCGAGACAUUCCUGGUCUCCGUCGUCCUUCUGAACUGCGUCGAGCGUACCUGCUGGCUCUUCCGCUCAUGGGAUAACGAAAACUUUGCCCAGCGCUCCGAGCGUUUCGCCGAUAUCCUGCACAUGCUCCUCCGUAUGCGGAGUCUCCCACCCAAGACUACCGUCCGUCCAGACGGCACGCUCAAGGCCGUCGACGGAAGCGACGAGAACGCCAUGCGCUGGUUCGACAUGAUUCAAAUUUCCCCCUUCUACGUCGAAGAACGUGCCCACGCGAUGUUUGACCCCACUGACUCUCGCUCGUUGGACCUCCACCAUGUCUCUGGUCUCCUUCAGCCGAGUAACGCCUAG